GUGUGUGUGAGGGAGAGAGCGAGACAGAUAGAGACCGGGUGCACCUCAACACACUUUACCCUUUAAAUGUAGGUGCUGAUCAGUCUUAUUUUCUGUUUAGCGUCUUUCUCCCGGAUUAAUAUCAGAGCCAAAUCCUGGCAGGUCACAUGCUCUUCGAAAUUAGAAGGCAUCAUGUUCUAUGUGAGUGUUUAUUUCAUGGCGUGAAUGACGGUUCUAUAUUGGGGUUAUAUUCCUGCACAUUCCGACUGUGCUUUGGCGUAGUGUAUUGGCAAGCCCUUGAUGAGAGAUUUUAACUCGCUUGCAUUAACGGUGCAUUGCAUUUUGAUCUAAAUAAUGUACUAUUUUUGAUAACAUGAAUACUAGGGCUAGAAUGCCCAGCACUGAUUAAAAUGCACACUCCACACACACACACACACACAGGAAUUCAGUAACCUACAGGUCUUAUUUGCAUAUUGCAGCCGUCUGCGAUACCGGCACUGCAGACGCCAUUCGACAGAAUCCAUGUUGGUACCGCUCUGUUUUGAUAGCAAAGUCUUUUGCCUGCUGAGCACGAGCGCGUACCCAAACUGCACCAGCUGGGCAGCUCACGUCACGCUGCCGCCCACAUGCACGGUGGCCCUUCCGAAAGGUCAUCACAGACCAGACGCGCUUCUGUGUCUGUCUGGGUGACUCACGGACCCGUGAGCGAGGCCAGCAGUCAUGAGGCGUGUGAGAGGUGACCGCAUGGCUCUCUCCAUGGCCCUGGCUCAAACCAGCCGUGCUGAUUUGGCGGGGCCAAGGGCCGGGUCAGAGAUGAGCGGAGCCCCAGUCCGGAUCUGACGGAUGGGUUGUAUGGGUCAGAUGAGCUCUGAUGAUACAGACCAUCAGGCAUCAUACUCUGCCUUUGUGCUUGGUACUGAAUGUCUUAAUAGAGUGUGUUGCUAUAAUGUAAAUAGUUUGUCCUUAUGGUAUUGUGUGUGUGUGUGUGUGAGAAGCUUGUAUUUCUGUAUACUUUUUAUAGCCUCUGUGGCUUGUUAGUGUGUGAAACAUAAGAUUUGCUUGUUACAUGAAGACACACUAACAUUUUCUUGAGGUUAGAGGAACAUGCAACUCCAGGCCUUUUGUGUUAAAUAGCAGUGACAGAACCUCGUGCUCUACAUCACGGGAGGUGUGGAUCACAUAAACAUAAGGCUGUUUUUGUGUGGGGGGUUGUUUGUUUUUCUUUGCAUUUUUGUGUAUUUCUGCAGGUGCCCACACACACACACUGCAUUUCUCUGACUGAGAAGAACAAUAGCUACAAAAAGGCCUUUUUUUUUGGUAGAACACAACAACUUCCUCUGUUUCCCCAGAGAGGAUGAAAUUUCAGUAGCCUGAACUGAACCAUGUUUUCAUAAUGUACGGACGUGCUGUCUGUGCUUCCUUUGUUUCGUGGUGGGUGACGUUAAAUUCCAAUGCUGGGGACAUUUGUGAAUUCAACAUGACAGUUUUAAUGCUCCAGCGUGUAUAAACAGUGUAGUGUGUGUAUUUACAGUAUAUACACUGCUGUGCUGUAUGCAGUGUGGUGUUGUGUGAUUUUUGGCAGAGAAUUUGAAGCUGGAUGCAGUGUCCAUACAUUGUCGUGUAUGGCACUAUCCAGUGCCUUACCCUUUGCUCUGCUUUACAUAUUAGGCCACUGUACCCUUGUAUUCUUUGGCACUUUUGAAUCACUGACUGUAAUUGCCUCACACUCUAGUCUGCAUAUCUUUUAAGCGUUGUUAUUGUGGCGAGAAUGUUCCUGAUGUCAGGUGAGGUGUUGACAUAGGUGGCUAUGGCAGGUGGAGAGGGGGACAGCAUGGGUAGACGCUAUCCCAGCUACACAGCAAGGCAGCUCGGGGUCAACUCAGUGUCAGCUCAGGGUGAGCAUGCAGAUCUGAGCAUCUACAGCACCGCACAGCACUGCAGUCUGGGAAAUCCUGUCUGCUCGUGGGUAAACUAGGAAAAGGAGUCUCAGAGGGCGGUGGCCCACGAGUGCUUGGGGGAGGUGCUCCGGAUCCUGCGCCAGGUGAUCGGCACCUACCCUCUGCUCAACACCGUGGAGAUGCUCACUGCUGCCGGCACGCUCAUCUCCAAGGUCAAAGGCUUCAGCUACGAUGGCAGCACUGAGGCGCAGAAGAAGGACUUCGAGAAGGCCAUCGAGACCAUUGCCGUCGCCUUCAGCAGCAAUGUGUCCGAGUUACUGAUGGGAGAGUUAGACAGCAGUACCCUCCUGUCCCUGCCUCCUGCCGAGAAGAGUCGGUCUAUGGAGAAUUUGUGUGGAUCGUUGGCAGGUCAGGGCAUGGACGGCGGGUGUGGUUAUGACCACGAGGAAAGCCUGAUGACAGCAGAGCAGGUGGAUGUUCUCCUCCAGCACAGUGAGGGAGGUGUGGACUCCGCCUUGUUCUAUGCCAAGACCAUCACCAAGUACAUGAAGGACAUUAUCAGCUAUGUGGACAAGCGCGUAGCACUGGAGGUGGAAUUUGCCAAAGGUCUUCAAAGGCUCUACCAGUCAAGCAAGCAGAGCAUCACACAGAAUCACAUGCCUAUGAUGUCGAUCUACUCUCUGGCUCUAGAGCAGGAUUUGGAGCAGAGUGGGGGUGUGCAGCAGGCCACGACCUCCAUCCUCACACACUCCUUUCUACAGCCACUGUUGCACCGUAAACAGGAACAUGAGAAGAAGCGCAGAGAGGCGAAAGAGCGAUGGCUCAGGGCCAAGAGGAAACUGGCAGAUGCGGAGAGUAACCUGCGUAAGGCGCGUCAGUUGUAUGUGGCGCGCAGUGAGGAGUACGAGAAGGCACGGACUGUAGCCAACAAGGUGGAGGAGGAGCAUGCAGGCUCCACCCACAAAACUCUGGACAGGAAGCGGCGGCUGGAGGAGGAAGCUCGCAGCAAGGCGGAGGAGGCCGAGGCUACGUAUCGGACAUGUGUUGCUGAUGCCACAACUCAGCAGCACGGGCUUGAGGACGUGAAGGUGAGCGUGCUGAAACAGAUCCAGGACGUCAUCAGACAGACCGACCAGAUACUCCGCGCGUGCACCAUCGCCUACUAUCAGAUCCUGCACGUGCAGACGGCGGCGUUGCCCGUCCACUACCAGACGCUGUGUGAGAGCUGUAAGCUGUACGACCCAGGCCAGCAGUAUGCCGCCCACGUCCGAGACCUACAUCUCCGUCCGGAGCCGCCCAGGGUGUACCGCUUCGAGCCGUACACCGCCACAGGCGCGCAACAGCCUGCUCGCCUCCGUAACGACAGCGUCACCGAUGACCUACAGCAGGGCAACGCAGAGGCUCCACCCACCAGCGCGGAGGCGGAGUCCGGGGAAGGGGACGUGGUCAAGCACAGAAGAGGUCGGGGUCAUCAGGCAUACAAGUCCUGGCCUUCCACCCUGAGCGACACGGACAGCCUCGGAGGCGUCAGUGGUUUGGGCUCUCCCACCACCAGCACAGGAGACGUUUCGAAGCCUUCCAGACCCCUGUCGGCCGGGACUCUAUCCUCCAGCGAAGACGUGGAUGAUCAGGACGGCAACAUGGCCUCUUUCGAACAAAGUGUGAAUGGGAUCGAGCCGGGGCUGACCAUGACCACUGGGCCUUUUCGGAACAUCGGCCUCUCCAAAGCCGCAAAAACCCACCGACUGCGGAAACUGCGUACGCCAUCCAAAUGCCGGGAAUGUGACAGUUACGUGUACUUCCAAGGAGCAGAGUGUGAGGAGUGCUUCCUCGCCUGCCAUAAGAAGUGCCUGGAGUCGGUGGCUAUCCAGUGCGGCCAUAAGAAGCUCCAGGGGCGGCUGCAGCUCUUCGGCCGAGACUUCAGCCAGGCUCUGCGGGACAGCACCGACGGAGUGCCCUUCAUCAUCAGGAAGUGCAUCCAGGAGAUCGAGAGCCGGGCGCUCAGGAUGAAGGGGAUAUACCGUGUGAACGGCGUGAAGACUCGGGUGGAGAAGCUGUGCCAGGCAUUUGAGAACGGCAAAGAGCUGGUGGAGCUCUCUCAGGCCUCUCCACACGACAUCAGCAAUGUGCUGAAGUUGUACCUCAGACAGCUCCCCGAGCCCAUCAUGCCGUUCCGCAUGUACAACGAUCUGAUGGGCCUGGCCAAGGAGAGCCUGCACGCGGAGACGCCUGCGGGCGGAGAGGAGGCCAAGGGCCCUGAGCUGGCAGACCUGGGGGCCCGCACUGAUCCCAAGGUGCUCAUGCUGGUGGAGAAGCUCCGACAGGUGCUGGAGGAGCUGCCGCCCGCCAACACGGCCACGCUAAAGUACAUCGUCCGGCACCUGCGCAGAGUGUCCGAGCUGGAGCAGGACAAUAAGAUGAGCUCCAGCAACCUGGGCAUCGUGUUCGGGCCGACCCUGAUGAGACCCCGCCCGACAGGCGCCACCGUGUCGCUCUCCUCCCUGGUGGACUACCCCCACCAGGCGCGCGUCGUGGAGGCCCUCAUCGUCUUCCAGCAGCACAUCUUCACCUCCUCGGACCCCCACCCCGUCUCCUCGUCCUCUCUGACCUGCCAGGGCCAGGGAAGCAGCAAUGGAGCUCAAGAGGAGGAGGAAAAGGAGGAGAACCAGCCAAUCGCAGAACAGGACUGUGGUAACUCUCUGGGCUCGUCCGGCUCACGCGAGCGCUCGCUCAACUCCGACUCCGACUCCGAGGAGCUGGGAAAAGCGAGCAGGUACCGCUCCCUGCUGGUAAGUCAGGAGAGUGUGACCAGCACGGAGGAGGAGCAGCUGAGCCCAAGGGCAAGUCUGGACGUGAGUGGUCUUGUGCCGGAGCCUGUCCCCGAGCAGCCUGCACCCAGGCCCGACGAACAGCUCUCAGACCAGCAGGGGACGGACACGCCAGCGUCCUAGAGCGGGGCCUUUUCACCCGGGUCCUGGAGCCCCACUGUCCUGCACAGCGUGAAAUUUUCAGCCCUCUCUGGAUCAUAGGCUGUCAGCCUGUCAUCAUGCCCCUUCACGAGCUGGACCAGGCACACCAGAGGUGGGCGAGCCUGCAUCUGCGCAUGGCAGCCGGGGCCCUGCACCUAUGGCUGAAAACCGCUGCGCUAGCGAAAUGGGUCAUUUACAAGGGCGUGUCCGUUUAUUCCCACAGUAUUACCAAGGUAACGGGUUUGACUACUCAGGUGUUAAGAAGUGUCAGAGUUCCAGGUUGCAAGUCUGGUUGAGUCUUGAUUUACAGGGGUUCUGCUGCACUGGAAGAUUCAGAAUCAGCCAUUUGCUUUUUUUAGUUAGAUUUUUCAGAAAAUAAUAAUGUGUGUGUUUAAGAAGUUAUGUUUUAUAUGUGCCCUCUGUGGUCAAUAAGUUAUGUUUUCCACACAUCCUUUCAGAGAACAUAUGAUGUAACUGUUGUUUAUUGUAAUGCAGUGGUUAUAGGACAGUGUUUCAGUACUCUACAUGUAAUCGUCCUGUAUGCAUGAGUUACAAUGACCAGAUAUUCCGUUUUGCCAAAGAACGCAUCAAGUAUCCAAGGUCAAAUAUUUUAUCAUUUUUACUACUGAUAAUAAAACUAGUGCUGUACAUCAAGGUUCAUCUACAUGAUUCAUGAAGAUUUUUAUACUAAAGUGAUAUUUUGUCACUUUUUUUGCUACAUUGUUCCAGUAAGAUUCAACAUUUUCUGCCUUCAUUUUUAAUGUUUUGAUUCAACCAGUUGACUUGGGGGGGAUGAAACUGAAUGAAGAUGGUGGUGGCAUUUUUGGCAUCUAUGCUUUAGCUAUGAACAGCAGUAUAGGGUGAUGCUAUGGUCUUAGCUGGAUUCUGACUACGCUUCAUCUACUGUGUUAGCCUGCUGCAGGUCAGCAGGCUGCCUUUAAUACCCAUAUCAGCCACUUGGCUUGCAGCCGGUUAAUUAUCAUGGCAUGUGGUGUUUAGAGCUUCCUUGACAGUAGAGUACUUGAUGAUAUUAGGUGACGAAUCAUAUUUAAAUACAUUUUGCCUUUUUAAUGCAUGUAUUUAAGCUGCUUGUUGGAUUUAAGUGUCAAAGUAUAAUGGCAGUUCUGAGUUAUUAGUUGUGUGCACACGACUGCUGUGCUAAACCAGAAAGAAAAAAACAAGUUUCCCUUGCAGUAGCACAGGGUUCUCUUCAGAUUGCAGUGACUAAUAACGUCAGGUUUAUAUAAUGUUGGCUUUCAACAAAACUUCAGGGCAAAGCCAAAAUGUUACAAUUCAAAAUAAAUUUCUAGUAAAUUCUUAGUGGA